GAAGCUGAGCAGAUGCAGCCGGGGUCUGGAGGAUUGAGGAUCCUUUUUGUAGAUUCAGGCUUCCAGAUGAACUUCCGCCUAAAGCUGGGGGGGAAAUGGCCAAAUAUAAACAGCGACGCAGAAAACCAAGAGCCAGUGUGACGCUCAGGUUUAAAAAGCAGGAAAGAAUCCAUUUGCCACAGUGCUCAAGCAUUCUCCCGUCAAAGCUUCCAGUUUCAACCUUGAACCAAAGUAGGCCUUUUCCUUCCUGGGCUUUGACUCUUUCUAACAUAACAAAAGCAGUGAGGCCUUUGGUCACAACAUUGCUCCGUUGGUACUGCUGGUGCCAGAGCAGUGUCAUCCAGUUCCUCCAGUUUUUCCGAGUCAUCAAGAACACAGCUUUUCAAUCACAUGUGCCCCUGGAGGAAUUAAAUGCACUUAGGGAACGUUUGGAAAAGCUUGAAACAGAAUUUGCUGCGCUACAAUCAACAAUCCAGAAGGGGACUGUAGUUGCCUUGGAAAAAACAUCUUGCCAGACGGCAAAGGAUGACCAGUGCCAGCAUUCCUCUCAAGUGCCUCUUCGCCCUGUGGAAUCAUCAUCCUUGCAUUCUGAAGCUUUGAUGCCACCUGCGCCCCACCUCCUCCCCCCCCCUCCUCCCCCUCCACUGCCACCUCCACCAGUACCUCGGUGUCUCAGUAAGACUGAAGGCACUAAGAAACAGGAUGCUCUGUCAAAAACAGAUGUGCCCAGGCAAAUAACCCUCAAGGAUCUCCUCAGCGUGAAAUUAAAGAAGACACAAAGUUGCCUGAAAAUAGAAAAGGGAUCGCCUUUGCAGAAACGGAGGGCGUUAAUUACCAUCUCAGAUUUACAGAGCAUUAAUCUGAAAUCCAAAGUUGCAGCGCCACCUAACGGCAGUGCAAACGGUUCAAGCACACCCGGCAGAAGUUGCUUAGAUUUUCGAAAACACUUAAGAAGGGUAUCUAUUCAGAGGAGCCCAGGUGGAACCCCUUUAACCCACAAAGAGAACCUUGAGACUGGCACAGGAUUGACCCCGCUCAUGACCCAGGCGCUUCGCCGCAAAUUUCAGCUGGCUCACCCCAAAAGUCCCUCUCCGUCCCACUUGCCCAGAGGAAGCAGCUUUGGGGAGCAAAGUUAAUACCGCGUCGCCCAGCUUUGUGUUCAAGGCCCUCUUGGUCACUAAUGACUCUCCUCGGAUGUAAGGAGUCUGUUACUAAGAAAGCAUGGGGGAAAGGGUCAGCACUGCUGUCCUCAAGAGCAAAGCUCUCUGCUUCCCAGAAAAGCAGGCAAGAGGAAACUUUGCCCCAUCAUCCUUCUGUUCGUCCUGGCUGUAUGCGCCAACGUGGCUUGGGGGAGCCAUAUCAGUGUUGUGGCCAAAGCGGUGCCCAGAGGCUCUUUGCCACUUAUCACCACUGAACGGUCUUGGCCAUGCUUCAACCUCUCUGGGUAGCUUUGUAUGACAAUAGCAUUUCAGUUUUCUGUGUUGUAAAAAUAAUUUUUUAAACUUC